GGAGGCACAAAAGACUCGGAAGUUUGAUGCUGACAUGGUGAAACAAGUGAUUUGUGAGCAGACCAAGCAAGAUCCUAUCGGUUCAAAAAUUAGAAUCGAUGAGCGGGACUAGUUUGUUUUUUAAAUUCUUCAUCUCAUUGUAAUAUGCAUGUUUGAUCAUCCUCAAUAUAUUGUGUACACUAUACAAAUAUAUGUCCUUCACAUUACUAGAAGCCGCACGCCAGCAUAAAUCAGUCGUUGCUGUUGUGGGGAAGGCUCACGUACCAGGAAUCCAAAACAACUGGAAACAACAUGUUGAGGUAAAAGAUUCUGUGCCAUUUGCAAAUUACUUGGUGGAGCAGCUUCUCAACAUCCCACUUCGAAAGAACAUGCUUAGAAUUGCAACAAGAGUUGCACAGGUUGUCUGUCUCUAUGGCACUUAUCUCUACUUCGAUGAGUUGAGACAAGGAUGGAUACAAUUUGUUGAGGCUCUUCCAAAUCCAAAAGAUCGAGUGGAUUGAUUCGAUUUCGAUUCUCCCGUUUGAGUGUCUCAAUUUUGCCAUUGAAGCUAAGCCCAUAUACAUCAUUUGGGCCCGAGUUCUGCAGCCCAUAACAUUUAUUGGGUCAGCCCUAUUUGAUGCUCUAUUUUUCUCCUUUGUUAUAAUUGGGCCAUUUGCUAAAACCAUCGAUUAAAUGGAGGGUU